AAUUAAGACGCUUAGCGGCAUUACUUUCUUCCAUUAUGGCUUCAGUAGAAGAAAAUUUCGGUUUGAAUGAGUUAGAAGUACCACAAUGGCUAAAUGCAGAUUUUAUUAAAAAGAUUUUACAAAAUUGUGAAAAUGAUAACGAUAUUGAAAUAGAAAGAUUGAACUUUUCUCCUGCUACAUCCAGAGAUGAACAUUAUGCCAGUGUCAUGUUCAGAGCAAAUGUAUCUUACAAAUGUAUUAAAAGUGGCAGUAAUAAGAUCAAAUCAUUAAUAAUUAAAACACUACCUGAAUAUGAAAGUAAUAAGAAGGAAAUGCUGCAAGAUUCCCCUAUAUUCGAAACCGAAAUUGGCAUGUACAGUAAAGUCUUACCAAAGCUGGAGAGUAUGUUGCGAGCUGUUGGUGAUAGAACAGUAUUUACUGCAAAUUGUCUUUAUCAUAGUUUAAACCCUAAGAAGGUAAUCGUUUUUGAAGAUUUAAUUCCGCUGGGCUAUAUGGCAAUCCGUGAUCGUGAAGUAACACUGGAUGAAGUCAAAAUGGCUUAUUUAAAACUAGCAAAGUUUCACGCUACAAGUUUGAAACUGUUACAGGAGCAACCAGCAGCUUUAGACGAUAUCCGUUAUGGGGCAAUGACCAUGACAUCCUGGAUUGAGAGUGAUUUUUUCUCGAAUGGAAUGAGCCGCUUUAUAUCAGCUCUUGAUGUCACACCCACUUUAGUGAAAUACAAACCGUACUUUGUCGCUAUGAAAAAAGACUUAAUUGAAAAUUGUAAAAAAUCUUUCAAUGAGUACCGCAAUAAUCGGCAAGACAAUGGUAUCUAUGCAGUUUGUCACGGAGACUUUCAUUUUAAAAACAUGCUCUUCAAACAUAAUCCCACAAAUAAUAAGCUUGAGGAUAUUUUAUGUUGUGACUUCCAAUUAAGUUAUGUUGGUUCCAUUGCCAAUGAUAUUAUAUAUUCGUUUUAUAUGCUAUUAAUGGCAGAGCAUCGUGCAAACCAUUUCGAUGAAUUACUCUACUAUUAUUUUACUCACUUCACAGAAACUUUGAAAAAAAUUGGUUAUAAUGGGCGGAUACCAAAACUUAUGGAAUUACGGGAGCAACUGUUAAGACACAGACAUAACGCAAUUUAUAUGCUCACCACUUUCUUGCCGUUCUGGUACGCCUACACUUUAAAAAAAGUGGAUCCCGAUGAAUUGAUGAGCGCAAAAGAUGAUUCGCGUGAUGUGUUAUAUACAAACAAGGAUUACAUUAAAGAGUUACACACAAUUUUACCGAGGUAUUUGGAACUUGGCUAUCUUGAAAAUUAAGAUAGUCGAAUAAUUCACUCAUUC